AUGGCUUACACUCCAAUCGAUUUAAAAAAGGAAGAACAAGACUUCCAAAAAGAAGUUGCUGAAAUCAAGAAAUGGUGGGCAGAACCAAGAUGGAGAAAAACCAAGAGAAUCUAUACUGCUGAAGAUAUUGCUAAAAAGAGAGGAUCUUUAAAGAUCAACUACCCAUCCUCUCAACAAGCUGAUAAAUUGUUUGCUCUUUUAGAAAAACAUGAUGCUAACAAGUCUGUUUCCUUCACUUUCGGUGCUUUGGACCCAAUCCACGUUACCCAAAUGGCUAAAUACUUGGACUCCAUUUACGUUUCUGGAUGGCAAUGUUCUUCAACUGCUUCCACUUCAAACGAACCAUCACCAGAUUUGGCUGAUUACCCAAUGGACACUGUUCCAAACAAGGUUGAACAUUUGUGGUUUGCUCAAUUGUUCCACGACAGAAAACAAAAGGAAGAGAGAUUGUCUAUGUCCCCAGAAGAAAGAGCUAAAACUCCUUACAUUGACUUUUUGAGACCAAUCAUUGCCGAUGCUGAUACUGGUCACGGUGGUUUAACUGCUAUCAUCAAGUUGACCAAAUUGUUUAUUGAAAGAGGUGCUGCUGGUAUCCAUAUUGAAGAUCAAGCUCCAGGUACCAAGAAAUGUGGUCACAUGGCUGGUAAGGUUUUGGUUCCAGUCCAAGAACACAUUAACAGAUUGGUUGCCAUUAGAGCAUCUGCUGAUAUCUUCGGUUCGAACUUGUUGGCCGUUGCUAGAACUGAUUCAGAAGCUGCUACUUUGAUCACUUCUACUAUCGACCACAGGGACCACUACUUUAUUGCUGGUGCCACUAAUCCCGAAUCAGGUGACUUGGUUCAAUUAUUGGUUGAAGCUGAAGGAAGAGGUGCUACCGGUGACGAAUUGGCUGCUAUUGAAGCUGAAUGGACCAAGAAGGCUGGUGUCAAGUUGUUCUCCGAAGCUGUUAUUGACGAAAUUAAGAACGGUUCAUACUCCAACAAGGACCAAUUGAUUAAACAAUUCACAGACAAGGUUAACCCAUUGUCUGAAACUUCCAACAAAGAAGCCAGAAAGUUGGCUAAAGAAUUGCUCGGAAAAGAUAUUUACUUCAAUUGGGAAGUCUCAAGAGCUAGAGAAGGUUACUACAGAUACAAGGGUGGUUGCCAAUGUGCAGUUAUGAGAGGUAGAGCUUUUGCUCCUUAUGCUGAUUUGAUCUGGAUGGAGUCAGCAUUGCCAGAUUAUGCUCAAGCUAAGGAAUUCGCCGAUGGUGUUAAAUCAGCAGUUCCUGACCAAUGGCUUGCUUACAACUUAUCACCAUCAUUCAACUGGACCAAGGCUAUGCCAGCUGACGAACAAGAGACUUACAUCAAGAGAUUGGGUGAGCUCGGUUACGUUUGGCAAUUCAUCACUUUGGCUGGUCUCCAUACUACUGCUUUGGCAGUUGAUGAUUUCGCCAACAACUACGCCAAGAUUGGUAUGAGAGCAUAUGGUUCUCAAGUUCAAGAACCAGAAAUUGCCAAGGGUGUUGAAGUUGUUAAGCAUCAAAAAUGGUCUGGUGCCAGCUACAUUGACGGUUUGUUGAAGAUGGUCUCUGGUGGUGUAACGUCAACCGCUGCCAUGGGUGCUGGUGUCACCGAAGAUCAAUUCAAGAAUUAA